GCCUACUUGGGACCGUGAUUACUGCGGUCUGGAGUCGGAAAGUAGAAUCUAGUGCUCGGGAAAGCGAAAUUCCGUCUUCUUCUGUCUUCAGACUGAGUGACACCUCUCUGCCAUGGGCAAGAAAGGCAAAGUCGGGAAGAGCCGACGGGACAAGUUUUAUCACUUGGCGAAGGAGACGGGCUACCGUUCCCGCUCUGCUUUCAAACUGAUACAGCUCAAUCGCCGCUUUCAGUUCUUGCAGAAAGCCCGAGCCUUGCUGGACCUGUGUGCCGCGCCAGGAGGAUGGUUGCAGGUGGCUGCCAAAUUCAUGCCCGUGUCCAGUCUCAUUGUGGGAGUGGACCUGGUUCCAAUCAAGCCCCUUCCCAAUGUGGUGACCCUCCAGGAAGACAUCACCACAGAACGCUGUAAGCAGGCCCUGCGGAAGGAGCUGAAGACCUGGAAAGUUGAUGUCGUGCUCAAUGACGGGGCUCCCAAUGUGGGGGCGAGCUGGGCUCACGAUGCUUAUUCUCAGGCCCACUUGACACUGAUGGCUCUGCGUCUGGCUUGUGAGUUUCUGGCCCGUGGUGGCUGCUUCAUCACCAAGGUUUUUCGCUCACGUGACUACCAGCCCUUGCUGUGGAUCUUCCAGCAGCUGUUCCACCGAGUCCAGGCCACCAAGCCCCAAGCCUCCCGCCACGAGUCUGCAGAGAUCUUUGUUGUCUGCCAGGGAUUUCUGGCUCCGGACAAGGUGGACAGUAAGUUUUUUGACCCCAAGUUUGCUUUCAAGGAGGUUGAAGUGCAGGCCAAGACGGUUACUGAGUUGGUGACUAAAAAGAAGCCAAAGGCUGAAGGCUACGCUGAGGGCGACCUCACUCUCUAUCAUCGUGUCUCAGUCACCGACUUCUUGCGAGCCACCAACCCUGUUGACUUCCUCUCCAAAGCCAGCGAGAUCUCGCUGGAUGAUGAGGACCUGGCCCAGCACCCCGCCACCACUGAGGACAUCCGCGCCUGCUGUCAAGACAUCAAAGUGUUGGGGCGCAAGGAACUCAGGUCCCUGCUGAAUUGGAGAACCAAGCUUCGGCGGUACAUGGCCAAGAAGUUGAAGGAACAAGCCAAGGCCCUGGACAUUAGCCUGAGCUCGGGAGAGGAAGAGGAAGAUGACAACGAGAAGACCUCAGCGUCUGCCAUAAGGCAGCCCUCUCAGGAGGAGGAGGAGGAGGAACAGCUGAACCAGACACUGGCUGAGAUGAAGGCCCAGGAGUUGGCAGAAUUAAAGAGGAAGAAAAAGAAACUGCUGCGUGAGCAGCGGAAGCAGCGUGAGCGGGUGGAACUGAAGAUGGAUCUGCCUGGUGUCUCCAUCGCAGAUGAGGGGGAGACUGGCAUGUUUUCCCUGCGCACCAUCCAGGGGCAUCAGUUGUUCGAGAAAGUAACACAGGGGGACAUGAGUGCUGCGGACACGUUUCUGUCUGAUCUGCCGAGAGAUGACAUCUAUGUAUCAGAUGGCGAUGAUGAUGACGACGACACAUCUCUGGAUAGUGACCUGGACCCAGAGGAGCUGGCAGGAGUAAGAAAACCUCAGAGUCCAAGGAGCCAAAAGCGUGUACAGUUUGCAGAAGCAGAAGAUAAGACAGAGGAGGAAGAGGAGAAUCCACUCCUGGUACCACUGGAGGAAAAGGCUGUAUUGCAGGAAGAACAGGCCAGUCUGUGGUUCUCAAAGGAUGGCUUCAUCGGGAUUGAGGAUGAUGCUGAUGAAGCCCUGGAGAUCAGCCAGGCCCAGCUGCUGAAUGAGAGCCGCAGGAAGGGGCAGCCACAGCCUCCACCACCUUCCCGUGUGAAAUCUCAACCUCCUGUGUGCUCGGAUGAGGCACCUCAGCGGGCAGAAGCUGCUGGUGACUCUGGAGGGGAAGCAGACAGCAGCUCCGACGGGGAUAGCAGUAGCAGUGAGGAUGAAGUGCGGCGGGAACCACCGCGCACUAAGAAGCGAGGCCGUGAGCCUACUGAUGAUGGGUUUGAGGUAGUGCCUAUUGAGGAUCCAGUGAAGUACCGGAUAUUGGACCCCGAAGGUCUGGCUCUAGGUGCUGUUAUCGCAUCAUCCAAAAAGGCCAAGAGAGACCUCAUAGAUAACUCCUUUAGCAGAUACACAUUUAAUGAGAAUGAGGAGGAGCUUCCAGAAUGGUUUGUACAGGAGGAAAAGCAGCACAGGAUACGGCAGUUGCCUGUUGAUAAAAAGGAGGUGGAGCAUUACCGCAAGCGCUGGCGGGAAAUCAACGCACGUCCCAUCAAGAAAGUGGCUGAGGCAAAGGCCAGGAAGAAACGGAGGAUGCUGAAGAAGCUGGAGCAAACCAAGAAGAAGGCAGAAGCUGUGGUAAACACUGUGGACAUCUCUGAGCGAGAGAAAGUGGCACAACUCCGAAGCCUCUACAAGAAGGCUGGACUUAAGGAGAAACGCCAAGUCACCUAUGUUGUGGCCAAAAAAGGUGUGGGCCGCAAAGUACGGCGUCCAGCUGGAGUUAGAGGUCACUUCAAGGUGGUGGAUUCAAGGAUGAAGAAGGACCAAAGAGCACAGCAACGGAAAGAGCAAAAGAAAAAACACAAGCGGAAAUGAGCAGCAUUGCUGGGCCUCUGAGAGGACUGUGGUACAGGAGGAUUUGAUUGUGCUUAAACCAGCCCUAUGUGUGCUUUGAAUGUGUCAGAGGUGGUGGGCAAGCUAGAGUUCUUGUGGUGGUCCGAAGUGGCAGGGGAAAUCCUCUUGUCUGGAGGCAGGUCCAUUAGGCACAACUGAGCUCUCUUAGGCUUAACAGGGCUGCUUAAACUUUCCCAAUCCUGAGAAAUGCUGCCCAGGUGUGCAUUUGGUGACAUACUUAAGAUUCAUCAUAGUUGAUUUUUAAUUUUUGACCAUUGUGCAUUCACAGCUACCAUUUAUGGUUGCUAAGAUGUUUUUGUGGACCCCUCAAACCCACAAUUUAAGAAGCCUAAACCCUUCUGUGAGAAGGUGGGGUACUGUAUGACAAUGUAGCAGAAAGGUCAAGCACCAGAGUGGUAUUUACUGGAUGUAUUUUGAGGCAACUGGACUUAAAGCCUCUUCCCCAUCCACUUUGUUAUUACUUGAAUAAAAUGAGUGAUAUUUUCUUUAUGGGAGCUUAAAUUCCAAAUCAUGGAACAUUAGAGCAUUACAUUAUGUAGUAUACUAUUAACAAGUCAUAUUUAACUGUGUGAAGAGAAAUGACAAACAAUCCACAGGUCCCAGUGGUAA